AUGGCUCCUUCCUCAAAGCAGCACUGGCUCCCUGUUAUCUGCAGGCAGGUACAAGGCACGGACGCCAGGAGGCCAAUGCCAGGCAAGUACCUACCUGUACAAGCAGGGCAGGCGGAAAUCGCCUCCGCCAACUUGGAAAAACCAUCACCACGAACCACAUUCCUGGCAUCGAAAGUGGCGAAGAAGAAUUCAUCGGCUCGGCGAGGUGGAACCCAGGCCGACGGAAAAUCUUGUUUGGAUUUGCCAUUUACCUACCGACCGUCGCAGGUGCAGGCGCCGGUGCUGCACGCUGCCUCUGCUGGCGACAAGUCAAGUCAGUCCAAUGCUGCCAGCUACGACCAGUCCAGGUACCGCUACCUGUACUCACUACUCACUGCACCGUGCGAUGCAAAACUGGUAUUAGCAACGGGCGACGAUGGGGCUGCUGCCAUGGGUGUCCAGCGCACCGGAGCCUGGCGCGGGGUCUGUCCAUUUUCCGCCCCAAGCACGCUGGGAAACACGACGCCAACGACGCAAGAGGGUCCAGACAAUGGCCUGUGGUUGGGCGAGCAGAGUUUCGGACCCAGCACGCUGGGAGGAUGGUGUGCGGGAAGCGUGUUACGGGAGCUGCCAGCGGGAACACCAGUCUUUGACUCCCGUCAAUCCGCACCCAGCCCGUCGGGUCCAAGCAGCGGCGGUCGGGCUUUGCGCCAGACAGAUGGCACUCCGCCAAGAUGGACAGGAUGCAUCCAUCCAGACACCUACAGUAGCGCGCUGCAGCACGUCCUGCGUCUGUGA